AUGGCAGAAUUGAAUCAAAAUAACCGGUCGAGUCAGGAGGGGGAUGUCCUCAAUUUGUCUACUGAGAAUUGCGAAGUCGAUGUAUUAAACGUUUCGUUUCAAAACAUAUCGAUAGAUGAUGGUAAGUUAUUAUUAAUUUAAUUUAGUUUUUGUAUAUUUGCAAUAAAUUAAAUCUUAUAAAUGUAAUCUUAAAGCCCUUAUCAAUGGACUAUGUUGACCUUUGAUAAAUAUUUAUUAUUUAUAUGCAGAUAUAAACAAUCAGUCUAUAAUUAUCACAAAAAAGCUAUACUAUACUAUUAUAUUUCUGUUAGAAUUGACUACAACCUGCAUCAUGCAUAUACAAUAUAUAUUUGUAUUUAUUUGAAGAUAACAAAUAUAGUAUUUUAAAGCUGAAAAUGCAUCAAUUUCAUCUCAUGAAAACAAUAAUUUUAUUUCUUGUGCAAAUUCACAAUAUGCCCUCCCUUUGUUGCAGAUACACCAUUUAUAUCUGUAGAUGCCGCAGAGUGUUUCGUCCCUUGCACAUCUAGCACACCAUUGAAAAGUAGGAAGCAUCGUCUGAGUUUGAACCUGUCAGAGUUUGAACCUCCAAAGAAAAAGUCUAAUCUUAGCAGUAUUGGAUGCAAAAAGAGGAGUGAGAAUUUAAAGGAUAUUCUGAAAGUUAAAUUUGUUGAAAGUCCUGGGAAAGUAGCAAGUCAUGCUGAUGUCCUGAAUGUACUCGGAACAGAUAACAAAAACCUUGCCAAGCCACCAAGUGAGUGAAACAAGUAUUCAGUAGUGCAGUUAGUGAUCGUCGAAAGGGUGUAUAUAGAAAUAUCCGUCGCUCCAUUUCCUAUGAAAGCAGCACUGAUGGAUCUUCAUACGAAGUUGUAACAAAUUCAGAAAUAUAUGGUUUGCAACAACAAGUUAUUUCACACAAAGAAAAAGCCAAUGCUUUAAUGGCUACUAUAAAGUCGUUAGUUAAUGAUCCAUAUGUGAGCAGUCUCAUUUCUUUAUACAACAAAGAAAUGGAUUGUGUUUCAAAACUCUCGGACAACAUUGAUAUUAUGUAUGAGAAUGAAUUGAAAUAUCUAUUAGAACAUGAGAAAGUGUUGGAUCCUAGUGAAAAGAGUUGUCUGGUUGAAGAAUUAAAAAAAUGGAAACAUUUGUUAACUUGGGUAUCAGAAGUGGGGAGAAUGUUGCUGAGGUACAACUGA